AUGGCUGGCGCAAAGGCAACGGCGCGCCGCCCAAAGCCAAUCCCAAAAACUACGGCGAUCUCAUUUCAUGAACCUUGGCCUAUUGACUUUAUUAACCAACUGCGAAACCUCCCAUCCAACAACGAGACCCAACCCCAGGACCAAGGUGUAACUGAGCCGUAUGCAAAACGAGUCAAGAGAUCUCGUGAAGAUGUGAAGCCACUUCUUGUGGCCAAGGAAGAACUGGAGCUUGUGCGAAACUGUCCCGAGGAAGCGCCUCCCUUUGCCCGAAGCAAUGUCGGAUCCCACCUGCUUUUGUUCCCAGGCAAAUCUGAGGACUUCAGAAUUGUCUCUCGAACCAAGUUAUCAGCUCCAUUGAUCAACAUUUCCGUCAGAACCCAUUCGAACGUCAUUACUCAGCGUUUGAGAGUUUGUCUAGAUGUCUUUGCGAAGAGACGAGAGGAAACUGAUGGCGAAGGCGAAGUGUGGGUGGCGCUCGAUGUCGCUCUGCGCCCUCAAGGAGACUUUCUCUCCGUGGUGUUUUGCUUCAAGCUCUACUGGAAUGAAACCAAGACGCCAUACGACUGCUUACGAUCCAAAAAUGAGCGCCAGAUUAGUCAGAGCAUUCUCGAAACUUUCCUACCCGACGAAACCGCCUCAUCCGCCUCAACUUCGACGCAUCAGAGCUGGUCCCCGUUGGACUUUUAUGAGGCAGCUCAUGUACCACCCGCCGACGAUAAGACCGCGCUAUCCAUCGAUAUCCCCGAAUUGACGGUCAAACUUUAUCCUUACCAGAAGAAGACAAUCCAGUGGCUUCUCAAUCGUGAAGGUGUCCGUUGGAAGGAGGCAAGCGCGGACUCAGCCUCGAACAUCGAGGAGCUGCCUGCCCCCUCAGAUAUCGAUGUCGCACAUAGCUUCCGUAAAGCCCGAACUGAAGGAGGAUCUGGUCAAUCCUUUUACGUCAGCGAUCUGUAUCAUGUCGUCACUACCGACCUCACAGCUUUCCAGGAAGCAGAGCGGGAUAUUCGGGGAGGGAUUUUAGCUGAGGAGAUGGGCCUUGGCAAGACGCUCGAAGUCAUAGGCCUAGUCACGCUACAUCGUCGACCCUCAACCGACAGUCAUAUUCGCACGCGAGAGGGCGACGAGCUCUUGACGACCGGCGCAACUUUGAUUGUUACGCCGGAGUCACUUAGAAACCAAUGGAUUUCAGAGCUUCAACGUCAUGCCCCUCAUCUACGAAUCAAAUACUACCCUGGGCGCAAGAACGCCAGUUUCGACACUGAGGAUGGCCUUCGUGCUGACUUGGCCUCUUACGAUGUGGUCAUUACCACAUACCCAGUCUUGUCUGCAGAGGUACACUUUGCUUUGAAGCCCCCUGAGAGAUCUCGCCGUCAAGAGAGAAAGUACGAACGUCCGGUGUCGCCCCUGACAAGAAUAUCCUGGUGGCGUGUCUGUCUUGACGAAGCUCAGAUGAUCGAGGGCGGAGUAAGCGGGGCAGCUGUCGUCGCAAGAGUACUACCCCGUGUCAACGUUUGGGGCGUCACCGGAACACCGGUGAAGAACGACGUCAAAGAUCUACAUGGCCUGCUCAACUUUCUGCGCUAUGAGCCAUACGCAUCCUCCACCCAGAUAUGGAAAGCUUUGACGGAGUCACACAAGCCUCUUUUCAAGUCUCUAUUUGGCAGUAUUGCCUUGCGCCACACCAAGCAACUCGUCAGACACGAGAUUGCUGUACCGCCACAAAAACGAUACGUCAUAACAUUGCCGUUUACAGCUGUGGAGGAACAAUACUAUGGCGAGAUGUUCAAGACUAUGACCAGAAAUUGUGGAGUGGAUCUUCUCGGCGCCCCUGUCAAGUCUGACUGGACGCCAGAAACAAAUGAGACUGAGAUGCGAACGUGGCUUAAUCGUUUACGACAGGCAGCUCUCCAUCCUGAAAUCGUCCAGAUACGUGGCACUGGUCGGAAAGUUGGGCCCAUGCGAACAGUCGAUGAAGUCCUGGAUGCUAUGAUUGAGCAAAGUGAGAAUGACAUUCGAGCUGAUCAUCGGGCCUAUCUACAGGCCAGGCUUACAUGUGGCCAAAUGCUCGAAAAUAGUCCCAGGGUCAAAGAGGCCCUUGAGAUAUGGCAGAAGGUGAAGGUUGAUGCGCUGGAUCUUGUGACUGAGUGCCGGCAAGAGGUGAAAGCUGUCAUGGGUAAGAUAUCGGGAAAGAACUCCUCUGCUCCAUGUCAAGGAAGUCGAGAUGGAUCCGCUGCCUUGGACGAUGCCGACCGAAAUGCAGCUGAUGAGGGCACAACUAAUGCUCUUGUUGGCGAGGCUCGGACCAAACUUCGACACGCUCUGGAGGUCCUUCAUAAAGCCACAUUCUUCUGCGCGAACGCCUUUUUCCAGAUCAAGAGCAAUACAGACAUGACUGAGCCGGAUUCGGAUGACUUCAAGAAGUACCAGCAACUCGAAGACGAUGAAUACAGCAAGGCUCAGGAGGUCCGACGAGAAAUCCUAUCGGAAAGCCAUGCUAGAGCAAUGUCUCUUAUGAAUAACUUGGGACGCCAAGCCAAGGCCCAGUCUUUCGUUGAGAUUCCAGAACUCGCGCUGAGCGGGUCGAAGGGACUAGAAAGCGGCCCGACUCUUGAUACGCUGGAAGAACUAUACGGUGUUCUCAAUGAGCAGGCAGAUCGCAUUGAUGAAUGGAGAGAGGCUGUCAUCGGGUUGCUUUGCCAGGCACUAAUCGACGAAGAAGCACAAAACGAGAUCACUGGCGAAGAGUUCACCGACUCCACGCAGAUUCAAGAGGAACUUAUUGUCUAUGUGCAAAUCCUUCGUGCCGUUAUUGCUGACCGUCAGGAUGCUAUCUCAGGUCUUGAGAAUGCGCUGGUCAAGCACGAGGCUCACGUUUCACUGACUGCUGCACAGAAUGGCGUUGGUCCAGCUCCAGAGAAGUUCCUGGCUCUUCAUAACGCCAGAGAUUUAGUGAAGCCGUCCCCGGAUAAGCAUGGCUCUCUGCGUCGUGCUAUUGCAGAGCUUCGAGGUAUUGCUUCGAGGCUGCCAAAGGAUGGCGGCGGUCGGGCAAGCCUUGAACACGAGAUUGUAACCAAGGAGAUACAACAAACGCAGGCAAAUAUCACUGCCCAGAAUAAAGCGGCUACAGCUUUGGAACGUGAGGUCGACCGCUUCACAAGUGCAAUGAAUGCCAGGGUUGAGUACUACCGACAACUCCAAGCUGUGUCAGACAGCGUUGCCCCCUAUGAGGGCCCAAGUGAUGGACAGGCUAUAGCUUCUUGUAUCGCGAGCGAGAAUGGCUACCGCAGGAAGCUGGACUCUUCAAACGCAAAGCACAGAUAUCUGCUGAAUCUCAAAAGAGACGGUGGAAAGUCCAAUGAGCCCAGGAUGUGUAUCAUUUGCCAGUCAAACUUCACCAUCGGAGUUUUGACGGUGUGCGGCCACCAAUUCUGCAGAGAUUGCAUAAAGCACUGGCAUAAAGCUCAUCAAAACUGUCCAAUGUGCAAGAGGAAGCUUCGACUAACUGAGCUCCAUGACAUAACACUUAAGCCAAGAGAGUUAAAGCUGCACAAUGAACUCCCAGUUUCUACUUCGCCCGGACUGAACAGGGAAGAGAUUGCUAAAGCGAACGGGAUCUACUCCCACUUCAGCAGCGAAAAGCUUGCUCAGAUCAACGACAUUGAGUUGUUGAAAAUGUCUUUCGGAACAAAGGUCGACUCACUUGUCAGACAUAUACUAUGGCUGAGGGAAUCAGAUCCCGGUGCCAAGUCCGUCAUUUUUACCCAAUACAAGGGUUUCCUGACAAUCCUGGGCGAAGCGUUCAACCGCUACCAGAUCGGCUUUUCCGCAAUCGAUAGACCCAACGGUAUCAUGAAGUUCCAGGAGGAUCCAAGCAUUGAGUGCUUCAUGCUCCACGGCCGGGCAAACUCAAGUGGGCUCAACCUUGUCAACGCCAGCCACGUAUUCCUGUGCGAGCCGCUGCUGAACACAGCGCUUGAAUUGCAGGCGAUUGCUCGUGUAGACCGCAUUGGUCAGAAGAAUGAGACGACUGUAUGGUUAUAUCUCAUUGAAGGCACGGUGGAGGAGUCGAUCUACAACCUGUCAGUCAAGCGACGCAUGGAACACAUGGGUCAGAAGUCUAAAGGGAAGUCGAAGGAGUCUACUCCAGAGGUCCAGGAGCCUACUCUGGAGGCUGCAAACACUUUGGAGCUAGAGCAAGCUCAUCUGACUCGACUGAUGAGUAGGGAUAAGAAUGCAGGCGAGGCGGUUGCGACCGAUGAUCUCUGGGAAUGCCUAUUUGGGCGCGUGUCCCGGCGUAUAACAUCAAGCGUCGCAGAAGAGAUUGAUCCUGAGGGCUGA